CAUGCGCUGCCUGGAAGUGCUAUACGUUUAAUUUUCUUGUGUACAGGAAAUGAGGUGGAAUGUGAGCAGCUUGUAUGGGUUCCUAAACGGGCAGGUCAGAGUGUACCUUUUAACACAUAUGUCUGGCGAAGAGGAACAAUUCCUAUCUGGUGGGGUGCAGAGCUAAAACUGACCGCUGCAGAAGCUGAAAUUUAUGUUUCAAAUUGUGAUCCUUACCGAGGAACGGUGCAGUACUAUCAAAGAUUGAGCAAGAGAUAUGAUACUCGGAACCUACAUAUAGCUGCUAGUGAGAAUCCCAGGCGAAAGGCUUUGGUUCCCAUUGUAUGCAUUAACUUGCUUCGCUAUGGGGAAGGAAAGUCAGAAUCCAUUUUGGUUCAGCAUUUCGAGGAGUCUGUAAACUAUGUUAGAUCAACUGGAAAACUUCCUUAUACACGGGUUCAUUUGAUAAAUUAUGACUGGCAUGCUAGUAUAAAAUUAAAAGGUGAACAGCUGACAAUUGAAGGGUUAUGGAAACUUUUGAAAGCACCUACUGUAUCUAUUGGAAUUUCUGAAGGGGAUUAUUUGCCUUCUCGACAACGAAUUGACGAUUGCAGAGGUGAAGUCAUCUGCAAUGACAAUUUUGAUGGGGCAUUCUGUUUGAGAACACAUCAAAAUGGGGUAAUUCGUUUUAACUGUGCUGAUUCCUUGGAUAGGACCAAUGCUGCUAGUUUUUUUGGUUGUCUCCAAGUCUUUAUGGAGCAAUGUAGACGACUUGGAAUCUUACUAGAUAGUGAUCUGGCAUUUGGUUAUCAGUCAAUGAAUAAUUAUGGUGGAUAUACUUCUCCUCUGCCUCCUGGCUGGGAAAAGCGUUCUGAUGCUGUUACUGGAAAGACAUAUUAUAUUGACCAUAAUACUAGAACCACGACAUGGAUGCAUCCAUGCCCUGAUAAGCCUUGGAAGAGAUUUGACAUGACGUUUGAGGAUUUCAAGAGAUCAACAAUUCUGUCUCCAGUGUCUCAAUUAGCUGAUCUUUUCCUGCUUGCUGGGGAUAUUCACGCAACUAUUUAUACUGGGUCUAAAGCAAUGCACAGCCAAAUUCUUAGCAUAUUUAAUGAAGAUACAGGAAAGUUUAAACAGUUUUCUGCAGCACAGAAUAUGAAAAUCACUUUGCAGAGAAGAUAUAAGAAUGCUGUUGUGGAUAGUUCUCGUCAAAAGCAAUUAGAAAUGUUUCUUGGAACGAGGCUUUUCAAGCAUCUUCCAUCAAUUUCACUUCAACCUUUGCAUGUACCCUCUCGACCAUCUGGUUUCCUUCUCAAGCCUGUUGCAAACUUAUUUCCCAGUUCUGGAGGUGAAGCUAGUCUUUUGAGCUUCAAGAGCAAAGAUCUGGUCUGGAUUUGCACACAGCCUGCUGAUGUUGUUGAAGUUUUUAUCUAUCUUGGUGAGCCUUGCCAUGUUUGUCAGCUUCUUCUUACAAUAUCCCAUGGUGCAGAUGAUUCAACAUUUCCAUCAACUCUUGAUGUAAGGACAGGGCGUUAUUUGGAUGGGCUUAACCUAGUCCUCGAGGGUGCUUCUAUUCCACAGUGUGCAAAUGGGACAAAUAUAGUAAUACCCCUACCUGGGGCAAUUAGUGCAGAAGAUAUGGCUAUAACUGGGGCAGGUUCUCGCUUAAGUGCUCAAGAAAUGUUGUCCUUGUCACUGUAUGAUUUUGAGGAAGUUGAAGGAGAGCUAGACUUCCUAACUCGUGUAGUGGCGCUUACCUUUUAUCCUGCUGUUUCAGGAAGGAGUAACUUGACUCUUGGUGAGAUUGAGAUCCUUGGAGUUACACUUCCUUGGAGGGGCAUGCUUACUGAUGAAGGCCCUGGUAGAAGAUUAGUUGAGCAUGUCAAGAAGUUUCAAAAGGAGAGCAAUCCCUUUUUAUCAGGCUCAGAUAGGAAUCCAUAUAAUUCUUCAUCCCCGAAAAAGUUGUCACAACCUGUGCAAAGAAGCACUUCUGCAGAUCCUUUCAUUGACCUUCUGACUGGGGAGGACCCACUUGCACACCCACUAGCUCAACCUGGUACUGAAAAUGUUGUCCAUAAUGAAAGCGAUGCACUUGAUUUCUUGGAUCAAGCAGUUGUUGAAUAUCAGAGUGUGAAAAGUGAUAACAACAUCUCUGCAGUUAAAGAUGCAAGUUCAGAUCCCGGUGCUGAGCAAUAUCUAAGUUGCCUGAAAUCUCUUACAGGACCGAGUUUGGGGAGAAAACUAAACUUCAUAGAAGCCAUGAAACUUGAAAUUGAACGCAUGCAGCUGAACAUUUCUGCUGCUGAAAGGGAUAGAGCCCUACUGUCUGUUGGGUUGGAUCCUGCAACAAUAAAUCCAAAUACACUACUUGAUGAAGCAUACAUGGGAAGAUUAUCUAGAGCUGCAAACACUCUUGCGCUACUUGGAGAAGCUUCACUCGAAGAUAAGCUAAUUGCUUCUAUUGGUCUGGAAAGUAUUGAUGAUCAUGCUAUAGAUUUUUGGAAUAUUACCAGAAUUGGGGAAUCCUGUUUAGGUGGCAAGUGUGAGGUGCGCACUGAAUGUAAAAAAACCGAUGUUAUGUCAUCUGGUGGACAUUCAGAACCGACGUUCCUGUGUUCUCAAUGUGAAAGAAUGGUUUGCAGAGUUUGCUGCGCUGGGAGAGGGGCACUCCUGCUUGCUGGGCAUAAUUCACCAGAGAUCAUAAAUUUUAAUAACGCAUCCAGCCAGGGCGGAUCAAACUAUGGCUGCCAAGUUGACGUCCCUCUCAAUCGUGUAUUAACACUUGAUGGUACAAUUUGUAAACGAUGCUGCCAGGGUAUUGUGCUUGAUGCACUGAUGUUGGACUAUGUUAGGGUUUUGAUUAGCUUGCGAAGAGGUGCUCGUGUGGAAAAGGCAGCUUACAAUGCUUUGAAGCAAAUUAUUGGAUCAUCACCUUCAGAUUGUCUUUUGGAAAAAAAUCAGUCCAUGGACAACCAGUUUUGUGGUGAGGCCAUAAAGCAGUUGCUCGAUGGACAUGAAUCCCUUGCUGAAUUUCCAUUUGCUAGCUUUUUACACCCGGUUGAAACAGCAAUAGAUUCUGCACCUUCAUUGUCAUUGCUUGCGCCAUUUGAUUUUGGUUCUCAAUAUUGGAAAGCACCACCUAGUGCCUCGUCUGUUGAAUUUGCGAUUGUUCUUGGUGACCUUUCUGAUGUUAAUGGGGUUAUAUUAAUUGUCAGUCCAUGUGGCUACUCCUUGGUUGAUCCUCCAAUUGUGCAAAUCUGGGCAAGUAAUAAAAUACACAAGGAGGAAAGAUCGUUUAUGGGGAAAUGGGAUGUCCACUCUCUGAUCAAGAAUUCCGCAGCAUUUAGUGGGAUAGAAAAGUCAGGAAGAGAACAUAAAGUGCCUAGACAUAUAACUUUUGCUUUCAAAAAGUCAGUUCGUUGUCGAAUAAUUUGGAUAACAUUCAGCCUUCAGCAACCCGGCUCAAGUUCAUGUAAUCUUGAAAAUGAAAUUAAUCUGUUGGCUCUAGAGGAGAACCCCUUUGCCAAAGUAACUCGACGAGCCUCUUUUGGAGGAUUUGAUGGAAGUGAACCUUGCCUUCAUGCCAAGACGAUUUUAGUAGUUGGAAGCCCUGUUAGGAAGGAAUUUGAUAUUCAGUCACAGCAAAGCACUGAUCAGUUGAACCUGAGGACAUGGUUAGAGAGAUCUCCACAAUUAAAUAGAUUCAAGGUUCCAGUUGAGGCUGAGAGGUUAUUGCACAAUGAUCUAGUUUUAGAGCUGUAUCUGUCCCCUGUUUCGCCCUUGCUUGCUGGAUUUCGCCUUGAUGCUUAUAAUGUAAUAAAGCCACGGGUUACUCAUUCACCCACUUCAAAUUUUCAUGGCCAAAAUUUUCUGGCCCUUGUGGAUGAUAGAUACAUCUCCCCAGCUGUGUUGCAUAUACAAGUAUCUGUUCUCCAGGAUUACCAUGGUAUGGUAACCAUCGCUGAGUACCGGUUACCAGAGGCCAGGGCUGGAACACCAAUGUACUUCGAUUUCCCUAGUCACAUACAAACUCGCAGAAUUUUAUUCAAACUUGUUGGAGAUGUUGCCGCUUUUACAGAUGACCCCUCCGAACAAGAUGAUUUUGGUACUAGUUCUCCAUUGGCAGCAGGACUAUCUCUGGCCAAUAGAAUUAAAUUAUAUUACUAUGCGGAUCCAUAUGAGCUCGGGAAAUGGGCUAGCCUCUCGGCAGUUUGAUUCCUAUGCAGCGUAGUUUUUGCUCGAAAUUAAUUGCUCGUGCAGCCAUAUUCACAAUUUGUUGUAUUAAUGAAUGUAGUUAUAUUUACUUAUGAAAUGUCGUGUUGGAAAAAUUAAUUGCUUUAUGCGUUGUCAA